AUGGGACUACAACGGUCGUUUUCAGAUAUCACCAUCAUUAAUUGUGCGCUAAAUCUGCCACUGAUAGUUAUAUCUAUCUUUGCAAACUCGUUGGUUUUGGCGGCCAUGUGGACGGCACCUUCACUUCGUUCGCCCUCUACCGUUUUCUUGUGUUGCCUUACCGUCUCAGACAUUCUUGUUGGAUUCAUUGCUCAGCCUGUUUACAUUGCCACAGAACUUACACGUGCUCCAUUCUUAUACGGCGCAAUGUUUGGGCUGACUACGUUAGCUUGCGGUGUUUCAGUCUGUACAAUGGCGGUCAUAAGCGUAGACAGGUACUUAGCUCUUCAUUACCACAUGACCUAUCCACAUAUAAUGACUGCAAAAAGAGCUCUAUAUAUUACACUAACUGUUUGGCUCACUGGUGCUUUUGCUUCGUGUAUCAAACUUUGGAAUACAAGUUUCUUCUUCUAUGUGACGGCUGUUGGCAUAGGUGUUUGCAUCACAAUUUCGACGUUUUCAUAUGUUAAAAUUUUUCUGAUCGUUCGUCAGCAUCAACUACAAAUUCAAGCCCAACAUCAGGCUGUACAGAACCUAAAAACUGCAAACCGUACUCUGCAUCUAAAUAAAAGUGCCAUAAACACUUUUAUAUACUUCGUGUUUAUGAUUCUGUGUUAUUCUCCACUAUUCGCUUCCAUGUUGAUUUUAGCUAUUUAUCAAAAACACGAAACAGAGGCAUGGAAUUUUGCAGAUACGAUUUCUUUUAUGAACUCGUGUAUAAAUCCAGUCUUGUACUGUUGGCGUCUUAAGGAGCUACGGACGGCAGUUUUGAAAGUACUGAGAAAAAUGUCGUGUAGCCAUAUUGGUAAAUCUUAA